AUGGUUGUUAUGCAUUACUCCAGGAUAAUGCCUCUGACUGGAGAGCAACGAUACCACGCAAGCACAAGCGUCUUCCUGAAUGAGGUCAUCAAGCUUGCUAUAAGCUUGACUAUGGCAUUACACGAGAUGUCAGGCAACCUUCCUUCGAACACGACGAUUACCACACUCUUCCGUACCCUGACGACCGCGAUCUUUACGAACGAAAGCUGGAAGCUUGCGAUACCCGCCGUACUAUACACGAUACAAAACUCUCUCCAAUACAUCGCUGUCAGUAACCUGGACGCCGCGACGUUUCAGGUGACUUACCAGCUCAAGAUCCUGACGACGGCUAUCUUCAGUGUGUUAAUGCUGGGCAGAACACUUUCGGCGCGCAAGUGGCUAUCGUUGUUGCUUCUCAUCAUCGGCGUCUCUAUUAUACAAGUACCGCAAGCGACUGCGCCAUCACCUCCACAAGCAUCGGGCGUGAAACCAUGGACCAAGACGCUGGAGCAGCUGCACGACCUUGGUGAAAAUGUCGCAGGGCGGCUAGGGAAACGGUCUGGGUCAUACGAAGGCAUACACGCGGAUCGCGCAGCCCAGACACCCCACAUGAACUACCGGGUCGGGCUUAUGGCUGUCCUGAUCUCCUGCGCGCUUUCAGGCUUGGCUGGGGUUACCUUUGAAAAGAUCUUGAAGGACUCCACGAGCGCUAAGCAAACACCACUCUGGGUCCGCAACUGCCAGCUCUGUUUCUGGUCGCUCUUUCCGUCGUUGUUCCUUGGAGUGAUAUGGAAGGAUGGGGAGAUCAUAGCGAAGACUGGGUUCUUUGUCGGCUACAACUGGGUGGUGUGGACGGCUAUCGGUCUUCAGGCAGCUGGUGGCAUCGUGGUCGCGCUCGUCAUCAACUAUGCCGAUAAUAUCGCCAAGAACUUUGCGACAUCGAUCUCGAUCUUGGUUAGUUGCAUUGCAAGCGUUUACUUCUUUGACUUCAGGGUGACGCGAUCAUUCUUCCUGGGCACAUGCGUCGUGCUGUUCGCGACCUAUCUUUACACCAAGCCUGAGCGGGGCUCGCAAUCGUUGCCGGUCAAAAUUGCCGACUUCGAGAAGACUACGGUGGAUCGCACCAUCGAUACCAAUAAGCCACGGAGGUCGUCUAUUCUGAAUCUUUUCCGCCACGCCUUUACUGCCAAAGAGUCUCUGAUUAAGCCACACGUAGCAGUCAUGGACGACGACCACUACCCGUAUGAUGGCUACGAGCAGUUCGGCGGUCUCCGUCGCACGUCGCAGUACGACAUGCUUCGGCCUCAGUUCAAGCAGCCUGGAAGACCAGUCGCACCUCGGGAUCGCUAUCGCGCCACUCAAUAUGACGACCCCCAGUAUGACGUGGUUGAGGACGAUAGCAUGUACGACCGAGGUCAACAACUCGAUUCAUUCGAUGACAGAGUGCUUCGACAACCGUAUCCUGAAUUUCAACGGCAAGCUGCACAAGGCACAAAGAGGUUAUCACUUGCACCAGGUCCUUCCACGUUCUACAGUUAUGCGGCGCCUACCCAAUCGCAGCCGUCUUACCAGGCUCGUGAUCAAGACAUGUACCAUGAAGAAGAGUACCAUCCGCGUCCUGAGCAGGCUAUGCGAGGUCAAAUGAGUCGCUUUGCAUACAAUGCCGCUCCGCUUCAAGAGUCCAGUUCCGACAUGCCGCUCGGCCCGUCUUCUAGUCCAGCACUCAGGGCAAGUCAGCGACGUGCUGAGCAAGUCACUGAUCUCGGACCUCAACACGGCUCAGAGGCCCCACCGUUCGAAGGCGACGGCCAUGUUGUUGCUGAAGAGUACCGACAACAAAAUGAGCGCUCCCAUGGAAAGGCUGCACUGCCCAGUUUUCGACCACAUGCUAGCCAGCAACGCGCAUCCGCCGCACAGCACAGAGGCGACCUCAAUCCUCCGCAUCAUCGACAAGCUCCCCCAGAGCCGCAGACGUACCCAGAAGAUGUGCCUAGCGCUGCUCCCAUGUGCCAAGGUAUCCGCCUGGUCCCUGUCACUACCCUACCAGAUCGUCUUCGAACGGUGUUUCCUUACCCGACCUUCAACGCCGUACAGUCCAAGUGUUUUGACCGAGUCUUCAGGACCGACGACAAUUUCGUACUUGCAUCCCCUACUGGAAGUGGCAAGACCGUCAUUCUUGAGCUCGCUGUCUGUCGAGCUGUUGCCACCAACGCGACCGGCCAGUACAAAGUGGUCUAUCAAGCGCCGACAAAGGCUUUGUGUGCAGAACGCCAACGUGACUGGGAAGCCAAGUUCAACAGGUUAGGCCUCAAAUGCGCCGAGCUGACCGGUGACAGCGACCUUGGGGAUCUACGCAACGUACAGAGCGCCAACAUCAUCAUAACAACACCCGAGAAGUGGGACAGCAUGACCAGGAAGUGGAAAGACCACGAGAAACUGAUGAGACUCAUCCGCGUCUUUCUUAUCGAUGAGGUACAUAUACUCAAGGAAGACCGUGGUGCCACGCUUGAGACGGUCGUGUCGCGGAUGAAAUCUAUCGGCACAGAUGUGCGCUUUGUGGCUUUAUCAGCGACAGUGCCCAACUUCCAUGACAUUGCGGCAUGGUUGGGAAAGAACUCGUCGGAACCAGAUAUCCCAGCCGCCAAUGAGAAGUUUGGUGAAGAGUUCCGCCCAGUCAAACUACGCAAGCACGUUCGAGGCUUUGCGUACAACUUCAGCAACGAGUUCGGCUUUGAAAAAGUGCUCGAUGCCAAGAUUCCUGAGGUCAUUGCUUCUCACUCCCAGCGUAAGCCUCUCAUGGUCUUUUGCGCAACCCGAAACUCCACAGUCAGUACGGCGAAGCUGAUAGCAAACUGGUGGGUCUCGGCAUCAGACCGAGAUCGCAUGUGGAAGCCUCCGUCUAAGCCACCCAUGCUGCUGAACAAGGAGCUUCGAGAUACCGUGUCUUCCGGUGUAGCCUUUCAUCACGCCGGACUUGAUCUCGAUGAUCGAACUAAGAUCGAAAAAGGGUUCAUCGCUGGCGAGAUCAGUGUCAUCUGCUGCACAUCCACGCUCGCGGUCGGAGUCAACCUACCCUGCCAUCUCGUCAUCAUCAAGAAUACCAUGGCCUGGGGUGCGGAAGGAAUGCAGGAGUAUUCGGACCUGGAGAUGAUGCAGAUGCUGGGUCGCGCCGGACGGCCUCAGUACGAUGACUCAGCUGUAGCAGUGAUUAUGACCAGGCAGGCGAAAGUCCGACGGUACGAGAUGUUGGUCACAGGCCAGGACCUCAUCGAGAGUAAACUCCAUCUCAACCUGGUAGAUCAUAUGAACGCCGAGAUUGGACUUGGAACCAUUAGCGACCUAGAGUCAGCCAGGAAAUGGCUAAGGGGUACAUUCCUUUACGUCAGACUCCAGCAGAAUCCUAGUUACUACAAACUGGACGGCGCUCGAAGUGGUCAAAGCAUCGAGGAGCAAGUUGACGACAUAUGCUUCCGCGACAUUACACUCUUGCGCGAGACCAAUCUUGUGUCAGGGCAAGAGUACUUCCGGUGCACCGAGUUUGGCCAUGCUAUGGCACGGUACUACGUACAUUUCGAGACUAUGAAAGUCUUCAUGGAACUCGGGCUGCGGUCCACUCCCUCGGAGAUUCUCUCCGCCAUCGCUCAAGCUGUUGAGUAUUCGACAAUACGCUUUCGUCAAGGCGAAAAGGCAUUCUACAAGCUGCUCAACAAGUCCGCUUCGAUCCGCUGGGCUAUCCCUGUCAACCUUGAUCUACCAUCGCAGAAGGUAUCUCUCAUCGUACAAUCCGUUCUUGGGUCUGCCGAUAUCUCCUGGGAAGGCGAGGCCGGCAAACAUCGUUCUCAAUAUACGACGGAGACACAAAUCAUCUUCAAGAAUAUUGGCAGUCUGAUUCGAUGCAUCAUCGACUGUCAGAUCGCCUUAGGUGACUCCAUCAGUAUCCACAGUGCUCUCAUGCUUGAGAGAAGCUUAGGCGCCAGAAUCUGGGACGAUAGUCCUCUACAAAUGAAGCAAAUCGGAAGCAUCGGCAACGUCGCUGUCAGGAAGCUCGUCAACGCUGGGCUGAAGUCCAUGGAGGAUCUUGAAGGUUGCGAGCCCUAUCGGAUCGAGGCACUCGUUGGUCGAAAUCCACCUUUUGGCCUCGACGUGCUCGAGAAAGUCCGGUCGUUUCCGAAGCUUCGCGUCUCACUUAAUGCUCAACCGUCAACCGCUAUCAAAACCCACGAUGGGGUCAAAAUCCAGAUCAAGGCAGACAUCGGCUUCAUCAACGAGCAGCCGCCCCAGCGCUUCAACAACAAACUCAUAUACGUGUGCCUUUUGGUGGACACUUCCGAUGGCCGCAAGGUGCAUUUUGCUCGCAUCAGUGGCCCAAAGCUUGGGUCUGGCCAAAGCCUCACAUUCCCAGCGCUCUUGACAAACCCCGACCAGUCUAUCAACUGUUACGUCAUGUGUGAUGGCAUCGGCAUGUAUUCUGGCUCGAUUCUGGGAGCUACGACUGACUUUUACUAG